CUGGUCGUUUUUAUGUGAGUUCUUUCCUAACUCAUUAUAUUUCCUACAGAAAAAUCAUUAAGUCAUCUUUAAAAAAUCCCUAAAUAUUAUAAUAUAUUUUUUUAAUUUCCAAAAAAAAGAAAAAAUACUGAAAAAAGUCGGAAAUUUAUUAGUUAAAAAAAAAAACGGGUCAAAGGUGAAAAGAAUUCUAUUAAUAUUGAUAAAAUUGUAUAUAAAACACGUUUCACGAACAAAAUUGCAAAACCCAAAAUGGCGUAAUCGUUUUUAAAGAGGAAAAAAGGUUAAUUUUCAAUAAAAUGAUAGUCAUUUAGCCAAAAGAACGACUUAGCAUCGCGAAGGGAUGUAUUAAUUGUCAUAACUAAGAAAAGUUUUAAUAAGAGAAGAAAAUUUUUCGUGAAAACUUACGACCGUCAUAUAAGGAGGAAUGAGUGUUUUAAGUAUAUUGGCCGUUUACAUUAUCGACUAAGCAUCAUCGUCAUAUGGGUAUAUGGCCUAAAAUAAGUUCAAAAUCCCGCAUAUAAAAAUAAAUAGCAAGCACGGUGGGAUAAAAUAUUUAAAAUUGUACUCGAGGAAAUACUGGGAUAAUUGGUUUUCAAUAUCUGAUCACGAAUCCACUAUCAGACAAGCAGGAUAAGAGUAAAGUAACCGCACCAAAAAAGAGGAUCAAGACAUCUGCUUCCUUGCGUUUUAAAUUGCAAACGUAAAAACCAUAUUGAGCUGACAAGUUGUUUUUUCUCUCGCUCAGUUUGUUUCAUUUAUAUUCGAACACUCUGAGUUCCUGAGAGACAACGAGAGUUUUAACGAAGAGAUAAAGAGAAACCCAGAGAGAGCAGAGUGUUUGACGAACUUUCAUUAUACAGAGACGCAUCGAUUAUGCAGUCACAGCGUAAAAGUGCGUAUUACUUACCGCACAGUCAUUAAGCAACCAGUUAGCCAGCAACUCAAUCACGUCAGUUAGUUGGCCAGGGCAGCCGCAUAUGCAUUGCAAAUAUAACAACAACGAAUUGUGCAAGCUGCUGCUGCCUUCCACCUUCAUAGCCGUUUUCAAUUUCUUUUUCUCCAACAGCAACAUAAACUAAGGUUUCGUAGUUGUUUUGUGUGUGUGUGUGCAAGCUGAAAGCAGCAAAAUACUAUACCGCACUAUUUAUAUAUAAACAUAUAUACUCAAUAUAUACAAACACGCACACACACACAUGCACACAUAUAUAUAAUAACGCAUACACAUUCCAAAAGUGUAGAAAGAAAAAAAACAGUAACAAUCGAAUUUCAUACUUACGAAACGGCAGCAAAACGGAAUAUAUUUGAGCAAAAACAACAAGAAACAGAAAAAUACCCCACGAUAUAGAGAUACAAACACAAAUAAACAGACAGACAGCUGAGCUGGUGCACGUAAGCGCUCUAAUAAAAAGAUAUUGAAAAGAAAGAUAGAAAAACAGACAUUACGUUGUUCUUUUUUUUUUUUUUUUUUUUUUAUUUCAAUUAAAAAACGUUGAUUAAACUGAAACUUCUACAAAAAUAAAAGUUCACCAAUGCGAAGAGAAUUUCCGGGACAAAAAUUGUGUGUUUUUUGAAACGAAUUAUCGAUUUUUAGCAUUUAUCUAUAUGGCGAUGAAUCACAUUCAAUUGUAAAAAGUGUUUCAUAGAGAGAAAUCAACUUCUUUUUUUUUUUUUCAUUUUUUUUUUUUUCAUUUUCAUAUCAAAUUCUUUAUUAUAUGUGAUAUUUUUUGAUGGUCGUGACAAGAGUUUGUGUUUGUAAGUGUAAAUAAAAAUUCUGUAUGGUGGCGAAAAAACGCACCACCAUCAUCAUCAUCAUCGUUAACAACAAUAGUACCGAAAGGCAGCGUCGGCGACAGCAGCAGCAGUACAACGAUAACUGGCCGAACAACCUAUCCUAUACGCUACAGCAGCAAACAAGAGCUAACCAGCCAAUAGCCAGCAACAACACAACGCAACUGUGCAUAGUUUGUGCCAAAUCCAAAUUAUAAUAAAAAACAAAAUCUUAAAAUAAAUAGCAAAAAAGAAAUAACUGUAAGCAAAAAUCAAUACAAAUCGAAUUCUGAAAAAAAAAAAAAAUUUAAACAAAGUAAGCGAAAGAAAAUUCAAACUUUAAACUGGGAUAUCAAGAAAAUUAUACCAAAAAACGAUACAAAAGCUUGUAAAAAAAAGAGAAAUUUUACGCUUUCUGUUUCUUCCCACUCAGUUCCUGCGAGAUUGCUUGAUCCUAUCUACCUGAGUAGGAGUGAGUUGUGCAUGUAAAGUGCAAUUUUAUUGCGGAAAAUAUUCAAAUGAAAACGCUACUAUUAAAUUCGGACGAUAUUCAGAAUUUUAGCAAAUUAAUCUAUGAUCCAAAAGUGACGCAGUUGACUACUUCCGCAGGCAACGGUGACUCCAUCACGGAGGAUGCCAGUUUUAUGGCUUUGCAGUACUAUCUAAAACAUCCCGGCAACUAUAUGAAUACGCCACAGACAACCACAACUACAGCGGCACCCGCAGUAGCAUCUCAGGUAUAUGUUCAACGGCCCUUAAGUAGCGUAAAUUAUGCGCCAAAUCAAAUAAAUGCUGCGAUCACUACAACGAGCACAAUCCACAAUAGCAGCGGCGGCAACAACAGCAGCACACAAACUAGUCUACCAGGUACAAAAGGAGUCGUAACAUCAAGUGGUGUUAGUGCACUGAGUGGCUUAGUACUAACCAACACCCAUAGUAAUAUUGUGGUAACUAAUAAUAAUCAGCAUGCAGUACCAGCACAACAACAUCAUCAGGCUCACAACAACAAUCAACCUCCGCAGCAUCAUCACUUGUUGGCUCAAUCCCAGUCGCAGUUAAAGCAAUUGCAACUGAAACAACCUACUAUACAUCAGCAUCAAGCAGCCAAUUACCAUCAUCAUCCCUAUUAUCAACAUGCGACGAGCACUCAUUCAACAGCAGUACCCGCCCAUCACAGUCAUAAUACCCAUCAUAGUCACAUUGGCCAUCAUAGCCAUCACAGUCACAGCCAUAGUCAUUCGCACAGUACCACAGCAGCCACAACACACAGCCAUAAUUACAAUGUGCCGGUACCAGGACCAGUGCCGGUACCUGUGCAUGCUCUAAAUCAGAAUUCAAAUUUUUCGGCAGCCAGUAGUAGCACUGGUGGUGGCACUGCUUCCAGUCAUGCACCGACCCAGCAAUCCAAUACAACAGGAUCCAGUUUAUCGCCCCCCGGCGCAUCGGCCAGCGCUCGUACUACACCCGCCAGUAGCAAUUCCAAUACGAGUUCUUCCUCAUCUUCCAAUUCUGCAACUGGAAUACGCUCUAGCACAGGUAAUGCAACCAAAAAACUUAAAUCCGAACCUAUAUUAUCGCAGUUCCAUCAAACUGAACGUCUAACAUUUGCCAAUGCACAUAUUAAUUGGAAUGAGGAUCAUUGGAAACGUGUAGUAUUUCAAGAUGAACGAAAGUUUAAUUUAGAUGGACCGGAUGGCUUCUCCUAUUAUUUUCAUGAUUUACGUAAUUAUGAGCGUUCGCUAUCGCAACGGCCACGCGGAAAUUCAGUCUUCAUAUAUAUCGUGAUUAGUGCCGGCGGCGCCAUAUACAUGGAUGUUUCCAUGGCUAAAUUUAAAACCGAGACCUGUAUCGAAACUAUACUGAGAGAACGUGGCACUAUUGUAAAUAAAUUAGGUGGAAACACUGAAUAUAUGCUGCAAGAUCACAAUUGGACCACAAACGCUAUGCCCUCGGUACAGGAAUGGUUGAAUGCUGAAGGAGUGAAGUUACAAAAAUGGCCCACCAUAGCUCAUGAUUUGAAUAUUAUGGAAGGUGUAUGGGGUUGGCUAAUACGUGAAGUGUUCGAUGGCGGUCGCAAAUUUUCGCGCAAAGACGAUUUAAUAUUCCGUAUACGUGAAGCGUGGUCGCGUUUACCUUUGGAAUUGAUCAGUAAUUUAUACACCACUCUGCCGGAACGCAUAACGCAACUUUAUUAUACGCGGGGUGCCUACACGAACUGUUGACAACCAUUGGUCGAUGUAUAUAGAAAGCAACAACAAAAACAAUGUCACCAAGAAAGCAAAAAUUUCGUUAAAAAAAAGAAAGGCUGCUGUGUUUUGCAAUUAUUUUCAUUACCAUUACUGGUCUUUUACAUCAAGCAGAGCAUGAGGAUUACAGUGUUUUAAACAGAGAAAAAGCGAACUUCAGCAGGCAUCUCGCAUAGAAGACUGAGUAUGGCUACUUCAUACUGGAGAGAAGAAGAAGGAGAAGAGCAUUUAAAUCAUGUUAUAAAAAAAAUUUUUUGUUUCUUUUAAACUGUGAUGAGUGACUUUUUUGGCUUAUGAAAUUAUAAAAAUGGACCAGAAAAGAACGAAAAUUUAAAAAGAAGGAACAGAAAGUACUAGUUAUUUGAUUUUAUUUUUUUCUUAAUAUUAUUUUUUCAAUAUUUUAAAAGAUGAAGCUAACUUCUAAUUUGUUUGUGCUAAUAACGAUGCUGAUGAUGCUAAUGCUGCACAAAGGAGUAUAACCCCAAUCCACUUUACAAAAAAGGAAAAAAAAA